AUGUACUCCUCAAGGGAGGAAACAGUGAUGAUGGCGCAGCUAUCUCCGCACACAAACUUGUUCUGGUUCUCUCUUACUUCUUCUUCUUCUUCUUCCUUUCUAUAUAUUCCUCGUCAACCUAAGAUGGAAUUUUGGAGGCAGGAAGAUCGGUGGUGUUUAAGAAGAUGUUGGAGUCAGACGAGGUCAAGGCUUCACCUAAAGCUAGAGACAGUGACUCUCUCUGAGAUGAAACACGAAGAAGUUGAGGCUUUAGUUGAGUUCAUGUACAGCGUUGACGGCUCCAUUCCUAUUGAAGUUCUCAAGAAACAUGUUCGGUCGCUUUAUCUUGCAGCCGACAAAUAUGAGAUCCCGCAUUUACGGGAUUUAUGCAGAAACGAGCUCAUAUCAUCUCUUAACUCGUCGAAUGCUCUUAACGUCCUUGAGCUUGCCCAAAUCCCUUUUGACACAGCCCUCUACAAUGCGGCCUUCACAGCUAUCAGAACCAGUUUAAAAACGAUUGCUAGCUCUGCUGAGUUCAAGUUGUUUGUCGUCAAAAAUCCAAAUCUUACCGUGGAGAUAAUGAAGGAUUCUUUUACUUGGUCGGGUGGCACAAAUCUUACUCGAGGGGGUUACAGAAAAUGUUCUAGCUGUGAGAACUUAGCAGUUAUGAUUGUCUCCACGAAGUUUGACCGUCAUUUUGACUGCGUGCCUAAAGACCUUUUCUUCGGUGGAUUCGCAAAAGACUUGAAAGAAAAAUGGCAUACCGAUCUACGACUUAAGGCAGGAAACAGUGACCAUCGUCCACCUAUCUCCGCCCACAAACUUGUUCUUGCGGCAAGAUCUGAGGUAUUCAAGAGGAUGCUUGAUUCAGACGUGAUGAAAGCUUCUUCCGGCCCUGAAACGAUAACUUUCUCGGAGAUGAGACAUGAAGAGUUAGAGACUCUAGUUGAGUUCAUGUACAGCAAUGGCGGAUCGAUUGCAAAACUGAAGGAACAUGUUCGGUCUCUUUAUUUAGCAGCUGAUAAGUACGAAAUCCCGUAUCUAAGGGCCCUGUGUAGAAAAGAGCUUAUAUCGUCUCUGAAUCGGUCGAAUGCUCUUGACGUACUUGAGCUCUCCCAGAUUCAUUUGGACAGAUCUCUCCAAGAUGCUGCGUUAAGUUUUAUCGCAAGGAAUAUAAAUACAAUCGUGGAUUCUGGUGUGUUCAGGUUGUUUGUGGCCAGAAACCCAAAUCUUGCCGUAGAGAUAACAAAGGCUUUCAUGAAUCCUAUUAUGAAACCAUGCGAAGAUGAGUCGGAAAUGUCGGAUGAUGAGUCUGGCGAUGAGUUUGAUGACUCUGACGAUUAUUAG